UAUUUUUCACAGAGGAGUCUGUGUUAAGAUAUUAAGGUAGGCUGUAAUCUUUAUGAAAUCAAGAAAGCAAGGGUAAUCCACCAAGUCCAUAGUUUUAGAGACUGCCUCAGUGGCCCUGAGAAGCACUAUGAAAACACUGAGAAAAUAAUAAGUGCUUUUGUUGUUACAGGUCUCUCAAUGGCUGUCAGUAAUCACCCAUAGCAUUCUUCUGGAUUGCCUUUCCAAAAUAGGAUUGGAAGGAACUGUUUUGCAGUGCUGUUAGAAGAAGUUAAGAGAAUUGCUGCUCCACCCCAUGGCCUUUAGUUUGCAAGCUGCUGUGAGGUUUCAUCUCCCAUACUAUUCAAAGUCUAUGAAACUGCUGAGUGAGAUUUGGAGUGCAGUUUUAUCAUCUCUCACCUUUCCAUCAGGUGCAAAUGAGGGUCCAGAGCUGGUACUUGUGGUCAAUAAUGGACUGGAUGAGAGUGAAUAAAGAAAAUCUAUACAGAUAGAAAUACACAGUGGGAAUUUGUACAGUGUGAAGACGUCUCAAUAAUCCUCGUCGCCUUUUCAAAAUGCAUCAAUAUUUGAUAGUCUACAGUACAAAAUGCUGCUGAUAGGUGUAAAAGAAUUAACAAAGAGGCAUUACCUGUACCUAUUUGUAGUCGGAGAUCAUUCAGGAAAGCAAUUCACACUCUUGAUUCCAAAACCAGGCUUGAAGCCCAACUGAAAUGUGCCAAGGUGAGAUGUCUGAAAAGUUAAGCAGAUGCCGGAAGGAGCUAGCAGCAGCUAUUGACAGAGCAAUGGAAGAUCUCUCAGUUCCUCUACAUCACUCCCCAGAUAGUACCACCAACCUGAACUUGGACUUGUUGACAGUGGAAUCCUUAAAGCCGUCCAGUGCAGAUCUAAAUACUCAGAGGGGAGAGCCAACUCUGCCCAUUGUGUGUUUCUCACAGCAACCUUUAACAGAUUCUUCUGUUCCAGAAAAAGAGAAUCCUCUCUUCAAGCCAAAUCUCACUUCAGUGAUUACAGCCUCCAACAUUCCUUCUUCAAAACGGGAGCCAUUGAUAAGCAAGGAAAAUACGUGUCUACAUCCUCCAGUUUUCAUGACCGAAAGGCAGAUUUUCAUUGGAAAAAUUGAUGAAAGGUCAGCGAAGCCAGACCCAAGUGCCACUGAUGUCCUUCAAGAGUGUCCUAAAGAUCUUACAGAUAUGGGUGGAAAUACAGCUGUUAGCCCAGCAGAAAAGGUGCCAAGGAAGGUAGACUUUGAUGAACUGCAGCAGAUCAGCAAGCUCUCAAGAGAACUGUUGCCUCCAGAUGAGGCUUCAGCCUUUGGAGUAGAAAUAAGGAGCAGUUUCAGAGGAGUCCCAGAGAACAGCCCAGAGGAUGAAGAGAUCAUUGAAACACUGCUGGAUAUGGAAGAAGAUUACAGACUGAACAGCUCCACCCUGCACCAGCUGCCUUAAGUAAGCUGAUGCAAGGUGUGAACUAUUUGAAGAUUUGAUAAUAAACAGCGCUUCUGAACCAUGGAAACUUUGACAAACAACUCUGUUUGGGGCAAGAUGUACCAUUAAAA